GAAUACAUUCAUUGUUUUCGUCUUCCCUUUUCCCCCCAACAACUCAACUACUUCAGUUUUGAAGAAAUCACAGGUGGAUUUGACCAGCUCCCAAAUGCCUUCAUCCAAGAACUGCGUGGAAUAAUUCACUUCAACAGCAGAGUAGAGAAGAUUGUUCGCUCAGACUGGAAAGUGAGGGUGUUUUUCCGCAAACUGGAUAAAAAGGCCUUGCAAUGGCUGACUGCUGACUAUGUCCUUGUCACAGCUACAACCAAAGCCACACGACUUAUCAAAUUCCAGCCUCCCCUUUCACAUGCAAAGGCUCAUGCCUUGCGCUCCUUCCAUUAUGCCAGUGCUACUAAAGUUGCCUUGACUUGCACUGACAGAUUUUGGGAGAAAGAGGGGAUUCAAGGUGGGAGAUCAUACACUGACCACCCAUCUAGAUUUAUCUACUAUCCAAACCACAACUUCACCAGUGGGCUUGGGGUGCUCCUAAUUUCUUACACUCUGAAUGAUGAUGCUGAUUUCUUUGUUCCCCUCAGUGAAGAUAAAAUCAUUGAUGUGGUGCUAGAUGACAUAUCACAAGUGCACAAUAUCUCUAAAGAUCAUCUCAAAACAGUCUGCAAGAGGCACGUGAUACAAAAAUGGGUCCUAGACAAAUUUUCCAUGGGGGCCUUUGCUUCUCCCGCUCCAUAUCAGAUUGGCCAAUUUUUCAGUGUCUUAUCUCAGAAUGAAGGGAGGGUUUACUUUGCAGGAGAACAUACAGCCCACCCGCAUGGUUGGAUUGAAACUGCAAUGAAAUCUGUGAUAAGGGCAGCAAGUAGCAUUCACCUCAGGGCCACUAAGCCUGCAUUGUAA